AUGAUUGGAUGCGCCAGAAGACUCACGGAUUCUUCGGACAUUGUUGACUGCAAGCUGAAGCUGAUCCUGGGGCUGAUAUGGACCCUGAUUCUUCACUACUCAAUCUCUUUGCCUGUUUGGGAGGGCGAGGAGGAGACCGAGGGGAAAGGCCCAACGCCCAAGCAAAGGCUGCUGAACUGGAUCCAGAAUAAGGUUCCGGAUCUUCCAAUCACCAACUUCACCACUGAUUGGAACGAUGGGCGUGCCGUUGGCGCCUUGGUGGACGCCGUUGCACCGGGAUUGUGCCCGGAUUGGACUGACUGGUCGCCCAACACGGCGUUGCAAAACGCCCGCGAGGCAAUGGAUUUGGCCGAUAACUGGCUCGGGGUUCCACAGCUCAUCAAGCCUGAAGAGAUGGUGGACCCCAAAGUGGACGAACAGUCCAUGAUGACGUAUCUGUCGCAGUACCCGAAUGCGAAGCUCAAGCAGGGUGCACCCAUCAGACCGAAAACGAGUCCCACCAACAAAGAUCCGGAGCACGGUGUCAUCCUCGGGAUCGAACUCGCCAAAACACUUCCAUUGUUGCGGUCUGCUAGUGUUGUGUUCGUUGCGGGGCUCUCUUUGGUGGUGCUUGGCAUCAGAACUCUCCAUCAUCUCAUAGUACGCGCUUAUGGGCCGGGUAUCGAGCCCACCGGCGUCGUCGUCGGUGCGCCGGCUAAUUUCACGGUAGAGACGUUCUCUGCCGGCCGCGGCAAUGUCGAGAUCACCGUUGAGAAUCCACAGGGCCAGAAAGAGCCGGUGGACGUGAAAUUUAACAACGACCGGAAUCUCACGUAUUCCGUGUCCUACAACCCGCGCUUGGAAGGCGUUCACAAGAUUUCCGUGAAGUUCGCUGGGCAUGAAAUCCCCAAGUCGCCGUUCAAGGUGCAAGUGGAAGGGUUCGCAGGAGAUGCAAACAAAGUUAAGGCGUCUGGGCCCGGCUUGGAACCCGAGGGCAACAUGGUCGGUCGACCCACGUACUUCGAUAUCAUCACGAAAGAUGCUGGACGCGGGACGCCCGAAGUAAUCAUCCUGGAUCCGUCUGGAAACCGAAACACCGCCCCGGUUAAAGUUACGCAGCUGACUGCUGACACUUGGCGCUGCGAAUAUGUCGCAUCCGUCGUCGGUUUCCACUCCAUCAAUAUUUUCUUCGCAGGGAACCCGAUCUCUGGCAGUCCAUUCGGUGUCAGGAUUUCUCCAGUGUGCGACGCGAGACGGGUUCGCGUGACCGGCAGAGGCGUGCAGGCAAACGGGUUGCGACUCAAGGACAUUGCAGAUUUCGUCGUCCACACCGAAAAUGCCGGCAAGGCAGCGUUGGAUGUCAAAGUCAUCGGACCGGGUGGCACGAACGAACCCGUGAACGUCAGGAAGUUGGACGAGCACAACUACGAGUGCACGUACGUGCCGAAAAAGGAGGGUCGCUACGUCGUUACAGUUAAUUACGGCGGACACGAGGUCCCGAGGUCGCCAUUCGAAGUCAACGUUGGGCCUUUCAAAGAAUCCAAAAUCAGGGCCUUUGGUCCUGGACUCAAAGGUGGCAUGGUUGGACAUCCGGCACUUUUCACUGUUGAGACGAACGGAGAAACUGGUUCACUUGGAUUCAGCAUCGAGGGUCCAUCUCAAGCCAAAAUAGAGUGUCAUGAUAAUGGCGACGGGACUGCUGAUGUGAAGUACUACCCUAUCGCCGCUGGAGAAUAUGCUGUACACGUUCUUUGCGACAACGAAGACAUACCUAAGUCUCCAUUUAUGGCUAACGUCGUACCGAAGUCGGAGGAAAUCUUCCCGGAUAAGGUGGAAUGCUCUGGUCCUGGACUCAACAAGAAUGGACUGAUUUCUGGUUGCCCAACGGAAUUUUUCGUGGACACCCGGAAAGCAGGCCCUGGUACUGCGCCGCUUGACGUCAAGGUUAUGGACGAAAGCUACCACCCAGUCGACGUUCACAUCAUGGACAAUAAGAACCGGACUUAUGCUUGCUAUUAUACUCCCGUCAAAGGGAUCAAACAUACCGUUGAAGUGGACUACAACUCGGUGGCGACGAAGGAGUCCCCGUACCGCGUGUACGUCGAAGAGCCGACGAAUCCUGCGAAGGUGGCCGUGUUUGGGCCAGGCGUGGAGAAGGGCGUCAAGUCGCAGACGCCAACGCACUUCAAUGUUGAUUGCCGCGAGGCUGGACCAGGCAAUGUGAGGAUUUCUCUUCGAAAUGACCACGGUCAAGAUGUUCCUAUUCAAAUCCACGACAAUGAAAACGGCACAUUUUCGGUGGACUACUGUGCUCCUACUCCUGGACUGCACACUCUGAACGUGCUUUACGCCAACCAAGUCAUCCCACAAUGUCCGAUACGAAUCAAUGUUGCUCCGCAUGUUGAUAUCAAGAAGGUCGCCAUCGAGGGACUCGAACCGACUGGUCCGGUGAACAGCCUGCAGCAAUUCCGGGUGAUCACGAAAGACGCCGGUAAGGCCCAGACCGACGUGAAAGUAGUGUCACCUUCGGGCGCCAUCGCGAGUACGCACGUUAUCCCCACCUACGAAGGCUGCCUCGUGAACUUCACACCCACCGAACCAGGGGACUAUAAAAUCAGCGUUUUCUACGCCGGUGAACUCGUGCCCUCGGGACCCAAGAAAUUCAAGGCGACCCCUGGCAGCGAUUCAUCCAAAGUCCGCGCUUACGGGCCAGGCCUAGAAGGCGGCACGACGGACAAAGCCGCGGAAUUCAUGAUCGACACCCGCGGCGCCGGACAGGGCGGUUUGGGGGUGACGAUCGAGGGCCCGUCGGAAGCCGCCAUCAAUUGCCGCGACAACGGGGACGCCACGUGUUCCGUGGCCUACUUGCCCACCGUGCCAGGGGAAUACGUCGUGAACAUCACGUUCAAUGAUAAUCACGUCCCUGGGUCGCCGUUCAACGUCAAGAUCAAACCGGACCCGAUGCGGCAAAUUACGGUGUCCGGGAAAGGAGUGCAGCCCGACGGUGUCUUCAUCGAUUGCCCGGCGGAAAUUUUGGUGGACGCGAGAGCCGUGAAGACUAAGAGCGACUCCGUCGUUCAGUGCAACAUCGCAAAUCCUUCAGGACGGAAAACUGAUGCUUUCGUUCAGCCCGUUGGCGACGGGACUUAUAAGAUCAGCUACGUGCCGGUUGAGGAAGGACCGCAUAAGAUCGACAUAACGUAUGAUGGAGUUCCUGUGCCUGAGUCCCCGUUUGUCACCAACGUGCGACGAGGCUGCAUGCCGAGUAAAUGCAAAGCUGGCGGACCCGGAUUGACGAAAGGAAUCGUUAACAUAACGAAUCAAUUCACCGUCGAAACCAAAGGAGCUGGUAAUGGAGGACUUGGCCUCGCGAUUGAAGGACCUUCUGAAGCCAAGAUGACAUGCAAAGACAAUCGUGACGGAUCAUGCACCGUCGAGUACGUUCCGACGGAAACUGGAGAAUACGACGUGUCCAUCAAGUUCGCUGACACGCACAUUCCUGGGUCCCCGUUCAAGGUACCUGUUGAACUUCCGGUGGAUGCCAGUGCGGUGGAAAUUAAGGGCCCUGGGAUAGAGCCCAAAAAGUGUCGUGCGAACACACCACAGAAAUUCACUGUCGAUGCGAGGAAAACUGGUAAAGCCCCGCUUGCCGUGAACGUCAAGUCUGACAAAGGAAUCGUGGUAAAGAAGCCCGAGGUGAAGGAUAACGGAGAUGCUACCUACGAUGUGACCUACCUUCCCCCACCGGAAGGUGCUCCGUGCAACGUGCAAGUUCAAUGGGACGGCAAGGACGUACCCAAGAGCCCGGUGAAAAUGAAGGUUCUUCCGAAAUGUGAGCCGAAAAACGUGAAAGUCUCAGGCCCUGCACUCUCAGACAAGGGCUUGGCUGCUUCCAUGCCAGCAGAACUUGUUGUUGACACCUCCGACGCUGGAGUUGCAGAUCUUGAAGUUCAAGUCUUGGGACCGGACGAUCAGCCCAGAAAGGUGAAGGUCGUUGAGGAACCUGACGGCAAGCACAAAGCAACAUUUGUACCCGAUGACGUCGGCGAUUACAAAAUUAAAGUCAAAUACGGAGGCGAAGAAGUCCCCCAUUCACCAAUCAAAGCAAAGGCACACGUCGUUGGGAAGGCUGAGAAAUGCCAAAUCACGGAGGGAAUCCAAGAAACGUUGAUGAUUGGCGAGGAGUAUUGCAUUACGGUGAACGCAAAAAAUGCUGGUACUGGUGCUGUGACGUGCCGCAUUAGAUCUGUUUCAGGAAAUGAUAUGGAUAUUGACAUCGCUGACAACGGCGAUGGAACCUUCUCCAUUUACUACAAAGUCAACGACACUGGAGAAUACACCAUAAGCGUGAAAUUCGGCGGCCAACAAGUGCCUCAAGGAUCUUACACUGUCAAGGGGUUCCGUCUUCCUGCCUGGGAAUUCCUCAGUUUUCCCGCAUUCGUGCACGGCUACAUUUUCGUCCCUACACUGGUGUGCGAGAACACGGCCCUACUCAUGAACCGGGUUUGCAUUCCGCCUGUCACGGUAGCUGUUUCGCGUUCGCCUCCGUCCCACGGGUCCGCGAUUCUUGCACUGCUGGGCUGUCGGGAAAUACUCGUUUUUCGGGCUCCGAGGUGCGAUGAAGGGACUAUCGGCAGUGUCGACGAAUUCCUGACGGUCGACGGGCCGUGGUUCAUUCAAACGUAUCCCGUCGCGUCUCCUGAGAUACGGGACUGUCAUCGUGUCUCGACUGCGGGUUAUCGUUAG